AUGCUUACCGAACCAAAUAUUGAUAGAAGUUUCGUCGAAGAUUAAAUUAAAUUGCUCUAGAGAGAUAUUAAUUGUAUCAUUGAUUAAGAUAGAAAUCUUAGGAAGUAAGGAUUGGCAAAACUAUAGGAUUUCUUUAAAGUCAAAUCAAAUCCUUCAGAGCGCAUAUAUAUUUUCGAUGCUUAUGCACUUAAGAAUCUCUUAAGAGUGUUUGAAGAUCAGGUAGAGAGAAACAGAGAAACUGCUAUAAAUAUUGUGUUAAAUUAUCUUGAUCUUCACAAUUAACAUUUUAAUACAGAGACUCUCAGGCUAAUCGUUGAUACAAUCAUUAAUCGACUCAAUCAAUUGCCAUUUGCAGAAACCAGCGAAGAAAUACGAUUAGCAUUAAUUAAAUUGUUACAUCAAAUUCAAGUCAAACAUGUUGAAGCCUAUUCCAAUAAUUUAUAGAGACUAGCACAUAUGAUCGGAAAAGCUCUUCAAGACAAUUUCCCAGAAGUCAAAAAGGAUGCAGCCAUAUUCGCAGCUGAAAUAUCAAAAAAGUUACCCAUUGGAGAGUAUAUGGGAGAAGCAGUCAAAUCUCUAAGUACAAAUAUGCAGCACGCACAUACGAAGAUUAGAAAGGCUACUGUUGAUAGUAUAGCUCCUAUUCUUCUGAGCAGGACCAAUGGAACAUUCCUUGAGAUUGUUUUGAAUAAUUUAAGGAAUCUCUCUUUAGAUAAAUCCUCUGAUGUAAGAAAAGGUACUCUAAUUGCAGUUGCUGAAUUGUUGAUGCACUUUUCUAUUUAAAAUUUGAACGCUUUUGAGAACAACUUGAUCCUCAUUUUAAUGAACAGUUUGAGUGAUGAUAGCAAAGAAAUAUAAAAUUUGUCGAUGCAACUUUUAGAUUAGAUUGGGAUGAAGAGGCAAAAAUUGGAUGAAGAAGCCAAUUUGUGAUAUAUUUUAAAGUGUGAAUACUAAUGUGCAUAUGUCGAUUAAAAAUUAAAAACUAACUAAUAAUAAAA